ACAAACGACAUGCAUUUUGAUUUUGUAAUUAUACAUAUAGCUAUUAUUUUUUAAUCAAUGUUUAAUACAGAAGCAUAUAAUAUAAAUCAUGAUUUUAGAUUUAUACACACAACCGAACAUAAGUAAUGUGUGAAGCUUGCUAAAUAGAGAUAUUAAAAAUUAAUUAAAACUUAUUAUUUAACUCUAAAUAAUAAAUCUCAAUAAAAACAAAAUUUAUAACAUAAAAAUGUAGGGUACUCACAAUAAACUGAAGGGCGGAAUGUUGAUUGACAGAGUGAUGGGUCAAACCCUCUCGGAGCCCGUAACAGACAAGCAGUCGUCGACAUGCCAAGACGCCCGCUACCUCGUGGGCUCCUCGUGCAUGCAGGGGUGGCGAGUGUCUAUGGACGACUCGCAUACUCACAUCUUGUCUCUGCCUGAUGAUCCAGGGACUGCGUUCUUUGCGGUUUAUGAUGGGCAUGGGGGUUCAAACAUAGCAGAAUAUGCGGGGAAACAUUUGCACAAGUUCAUCACAGCCAGGCCUGAAUAUCAUUUGGGGAAUAUUGAAGAAGCCAUGAAACAGGGCUUUCUAGACCUGGACCAAGCCAUGCUAGAAGAGAACAUGCAAGAGAAAGUCGCAGGCAGCACGGCUGUUGUGGUCCUCAUAAAGGAUAAUACGCUGUACUGCGCUAAUGUGGGCGAUUCCAGGGCCGUGGCUAGUGUUGGCGGCGCGGUGGAGUCACUUUCCUACGACCACAAGCCGAACAACAAAGAGGAGCUAGAAAGGAUCACCGCGGGAGGAGGCUGGGUCCAAUUGAACAGGGUCAAUGGGAACCUGGCCCUAUCCAGGGCAUUGGGGGAUUAUAUAUUCAAGAGGAAUUAUAGGAUGUCGCCGCGGGAUCAGAUUGUUACUGCAUAUCCAGACGUUCAAGUGCGAACGCUGACCGACGAUUGGGAAUUUAUCGUUAUCGCCUGCGACGGUAUCUGGGAGGUGUUGUCUAAUGAAGAAGUAGUAUCAUUUUGCCGCGCACGUCUCGUGGCUGGUUGGGAACCAGCCGCAGUAUGCGAGGCAUUAAUGCAACGUUGCCUCGCGCCGAACUGCCUCACGGGCGGCAUCGGGUGCGAUAACAUGACCGUUGUGAUCGUUUGCCUCGUGCCCUUCCCCACUAAGGAUAAGACGAGCUCACUACCAGCAGAACAAAUGUUAAACGACAAAUUUAUGGCGAACAUGGAAGAUCUCUUGUACGUGGAAGACGAAGAAGAAGAUUUGAAGUAAAUUAAAUUAUAUAUUUAUAAACAAUCGUCAAUUAUGGUGGACUUUUGUAGUAGUAAAGAAUAUUUGCCCUUCGUGUCUGUCUAGAUAGAUUCUGUAGUUCUAAUUCUAGGCCCUGUUUAUGGAAGUAUUUCGAUAUCUAUUGAGUCAGUAUUGUUUCUUUCGCCUUCAACUAAUUUAAGUAAUUUUUCAUUUCUUUCUAAAAGAAAAUAAAGAGUUUAUUUUAUUCGGAAACCUAGUAUAUGAAUAAAAGGAAAGGUACGAUAUUAAAUGUCAAAACUUUUAUGCCAAUUAUUGGCUGAUAUUACCCCGUCCGCCCAGUUCUCACGCACACAACGAUAAUAAACUCAUCUAAGAUAAAGCUGUGACGCACACAUGCGUAGUUGUCGCUUUUUGGACACAGCUGUUACAGGGUACACUAUCUAUCUAGUCAGUAUAUUCAAUCAAUAUUUUAUGGCAGGAAUAUCAUUAAAGGGUACAUCAUUAUAUAGUGAAACUAUUGGUAAGGGUAGUUGUAAUUAUUGCAAAGUAAAAGAUAUCAUCAUCAGUCCAUAUUUGUUAUCACUGCAAGGAAACCUUGAAAGAUUAAGUCGUAAUGUAUUUUUUAUUUAUUGGGUAUAAAAAUAUACUUACUAAAAAGUAUGAGUAGUAAUGGUCAUAGAAAUGGCAAAUAAUUGAUAAUUUAAAUACCUUCAAAGGACACUCGAGCCUUAGGCUGCAGAGCUUGACCGACCAUCAGUGCGUACGUCAGUCGCGCUUGUCAUAUGUAUGGAAAUUCAUAAAACCGUUCAUAGCUAGACCGACCAUACGCAC